AAAUCAACGACCCACGCUUUGGUCUACCUUUUACAUUCAAUCUUGGUUGCUCUUGAGAGAGGUUCCUGUACUGCCAGAUUGUUCUUUGAAGAUUUCAAGAAAGGUUUUGACCUAGUAGACCACAAUGUUAUUAUUAAAGAAUUAACCCUGCUUGGUACCCCUCCCUCUAUAAUUCGGUGGAUUAAAGCCUUCCUCUGCGAUCGCGAACAAUGUGUCCGGGUGGGAACUUCUAUGUCCUCUUGGAAGAAAACAAAUGGUGGCUUACCACAAGGUACAAAGUUGGGUCCAUUAUUGUUUGCUGUUCUCAUUAAUUCCUUACUCAAAAACUGGCCCAGUAGGAUCAAGUUUGUGGACGACACCUCAGCCCUAGAGAUUAUACCACGUUUUUCAUCCAGUUUAAUGCCAUUAGUCGUAAAUGAAAUCUCGGACUACGCCUUAGAACGUGGAAUGGAACUAAAUUAUAAGAAAUGCAAACAAAUGUUGAUCAACUUUCUUAAAUAUAAAGGAUCUGAUGAUGAAAACCCGAUCUAUGUUGCAGGUAAACCGGUGGAAACUGUGUCCUCUUUCAAGCUCCUAGGUGUAUGGAUAUCAAACGACUUGUCAUGGAAUACUCAUGUCGACAUGGUAUUGAAAAAGGCAAAUUCUCGCUUAUACGCAUUGCGUCUGUUAAAAAAGGCUGGUCUUCAAGCAUCUCACAUUGUCCAAAUAUAUAUCUCAUUCAUCAGAUCCAGAAUUGAAUAUGCAUCCCCUGUAUGGUCGUCAAUACCUAAAUCAUUAUCUGACAUUCUCGAAUCUGUUCAAAAGAGAGCAUUGAGUAUAGCUUAUCCAGAUCUGUUAUAUGAUGAAGCCCUUGAAAUUUCAAACUUACAGUAUCUGAGUACUCGUAGAGACAUCUCUUGCAAGAAAUUCGUCGAAUCUCUGCGACGUGAUGUUUCACCCUACAACCCUUUGACCCAAAUUAUGGAAAUUCGUCCCGGGGUAAAAACUCAUGAUUAUGACUUAAGGAAUGACAGAACGGCCGAACAACCUUUAUGGUCAGAAACCACUGAACGGUUAAAAAACUUCGUGACUAGGAAAUAUUAUUAG